GAAGAUCACAGAGACUUCCAAGCUGUAAACCAUCACAGCUGUAGCCACAUGUUCCAGUGACCAGCAGUAGCAGUGCCCAACCCUGGCAUUAUCCUCAUGCAGACUCAUUGAAUGCAGGCUGGCUACCAUCUAGACUCUGAGAAAAACCUGUUACGUGAAGUUGCCAUGCUAAAUAAAGGGCUCAUUCCCUAAAAGGAGUUCUGUUUGUGAGUCCUACCCUAUGCCCACGUCCUCUCACAGCUUUGUGCUGUAACACUGGUGGCAGCGGUGGGAUAGGGUACCAGGACAUUGGAGGAACAAAGUACCAGCUCCCUUUGAUCCCUGCAUCAUGGAAGCUCCACCUGGAAUAUACAGUGUCUCAUGGGAUACAUUUAAUGACUCCUGGACUCCACAGAUCCCUACUGAUCCCAGGGAGAACACCUUGUUUUGGCAGAGGUGUGACUAUCUUGGACUCUCUGCAGAUGAGGCCCUGACCCAUGGGGUAGAACAGCUGGUGAGGAUGGAGGCAGACCUGGAGGCUGAUUACUAUGUCCUGUAGAGCACAAUGCACCAACCAGGUGGGAGAUACAAGUAUAGUUCCUACACAGUGUGCCCCCUUCCCCACAGCUGGGAGGAAUGGCAAGAGCUCUGGGACCAACAGAAGUUCUGUAAUUACAACACCUUUGUGGGUGACCCAGAGGAGAAGUUCUGGAGCCUCUAUACAAGCCGGUUUAGAUACAUUGGCAUGAAUGAUACAGAGGAAAGGAGGGACUGGUUAGCUGAACUGGUUUAUUGGGAGCUGAAUAUUAUAAGAGACUAUGUGGGGAUCCUACAAUUUGAAGAUCGUCGUAGGGAAGAAAUGCUUGCAGAACCUGAGCUUGGUUGCUGCCCGUUUAAAGGCUUGGCAGAGGCUGUGGCUUCCCCAAGUGAAAACCCUGUCUGUGUGGAGUCCAGUGGCUGUGUGAUCCCUGGGAUGGCAGAACCUGAGCGUGGUUGCUGCAUAUCUAAAGUCUUAGCAGAGGAUGCGGCCUCCCCAAGUGAAAACCCUGUCUGUGUGAAGUCCAGUGGGUGUUUGAUCCCUUGGCUGGCAGAACCUGAGCUUGGUUGCUGCAUAUCUAAAGGCUUGGCAGAGGCUCCAGCCUCCCCAAGUGAAAACCCUGUCUGUGUGGAGUCCAGUGGCUGUGUGAUCUCCAGACUGGAAGAAUUGGGAAAAGAUUGCAUGGAGGAGAAAGAGGAAGAUAUCCCAUCACCAAAGGAGCAGCAGCUGGUGAAAGAGGAUCAGAUGAACACCCGACAGAAAAGUGCAUGUUUGGUGAGUCCCAGUGUCAUCCCCUCAACAUUCCCCAGGUGGAGGGAUCCCAAACUGUGUGAUGUUUCAUGGGCUAGGGCCCCUAGAAAAGUUGGGGGUAAUUUGAAACUAAAGAAAAGGCCGGGGGGAAAAAACUUUAGGAAUACUCUCUGGGGUCCACUUGUUACUGGGGUUACCUGACAAUGAGUCCCCUGGCCUGACUGCUGGGGAGGGGAUUACAGACUGUUUCACCUUUGAAUGUCCCCUUCUCCCUGGGAGACCCCUUUAUUGUCCUGGAGGCCAGAACCGUGACAUUUACUGGAUAACCCAUAUGGAGGAGAGGGGAUUGAUGAUGGCUGCCCUGAAAUAUCUUCCCUAAAUCCUGUGGGUUCAGGUUACAUUCCGAUUUUUUUUCACGUUUACCAUGUGGUGUAUUCACAGUAUACCCCUGUUUUGCCCUGGAACGUAAUGACUUUUGCUCAGUGACUGGGAAUUGUUUGUGAAAUCUGCAACCAAACUGUGUGUCAUGGACUGUAACUGUGUGGGAGGGGGGAGAGAACACAGGAGCUUUGGGAUAGACUCCAUCCAGGACUCUAAGAGACUAUUUUUUUUCUCUACUACGGACAUUUUAUUGUAUGGGAAUUGGCUAGUGAGGCUGCUGGGAACCUGUAUAGGCCCCCAGCAGGCUCCCUAUUUGGAAGGGGGGAGAAAUUGUGAUAAAACAAACUUUUAAUCGGGAGGGAAAUAUGUCAACUAUUAUGUUAUGGCUUAGUUGCUUCUAAAUGCUUCAACAAAUGGUAUGUGUAUGAUAACCUUUGCUCCUUUCCCUAUGUGGUUUUUGAUGUUGGAUAGCCAGGCUUGCAUUCCUUGGUAAGUGACCCCUACUGUGAGGGCAAACAAACCAGAACCCUCUGUAACUCAAUACACAUAGAUGACCCCAAGAGUUGUGAACUGUCUGGAUCCUACAUUCAGGCUAAACUGGGCAUGCUCACCAAAUGGCACCCCAUUGGCCAAACAGUAUUAGCUGUGAUUGGCACCAUUAUAAUUCAUGGUCGGAUUGGUCCUUAUAAUGGCACGCCUGGCCUAUCAUGUGAUUGGCCCUUGUGGAAGCUGCCUUUGUGGUUGGCAGAAGGACUCAAACCCUGAUCUGCAUUUACGAAAGGGGCUGUUCCCUUUCUGGCUUACAAAGGUGGCUGUUAAGAAUUCCAAUUUGUUAGUCUUUUUAUACAAAUGGAAGAUCACAGAGACUUCCCAGCUGUAAACCAUCACAGCUGUACCCACAUGUUCCAGUGACCAGCAGUAGCAGUGGCAGGGGGUAGGGGGGCCUUGUUGUAAAGUUCUGUACCAGGGCCCUCAGGGGUCUAGUUACACCACUGAAGCCUCAUGCUGAAUGUAUGUAACAGAAAACAAUGGUGUAAUACAUUUGUUGUCUUUUUGACUUAUCUUUAAAAAAUACAAUGUAAAUGUAUGAGAAAAGUAAUGUGUAUUGCCUCUGGU